GUGGCAAUUGUUGGUUUGCUCAUCUCUUAUCUAAAACCGCCAAGGAUAGACUAACAAUGGCAACGGCCGUUUAUUAACCAACGCAGAGGAACGCCUUUCUUCCAAAAUCAUCAAUGGCAACUCUACUAAACCCCACUAAAACCCAAACACUAUUCGUGUCUCUCCCCAAAACCCAUUUCCUCGAUUCUUCUUAUUCUUCUUCUUCUUCUCUUUAUUCCACAUUCAGUCUCCAGAUUAAGUCUCCAUUCAGAAGAAAAACUGUGUCUUUCAACCUCACUUGCAAGCUAAAAACCUCCAAAGGUCCCAAAAACAAUGGCAAGGACAUAUCGAAGAAGAUUAUCCUCUCGGAUUCUGGUCCUCCAGAGAUUAGAAAUGAAGAAAUUCAGGGGGAGGUUAGUAAGAGUGGAGGUGGGGUUUUGGUGGUGGUGAAGAGGUUGCCCAGAAGGGCUUUGGCGGUUUUGUCUAAUUUGUCUUUGGCUAUUGGAGAAAUGUUCACUAUUGCUGGCCUUAUGGCUGUUGGUACAAUAAUUGACCAAGGUGAGACCCCAGAAUUCUACUUCCAAAAGUACCCAGAAGAUAGUCCAGUUUUGGGAUUCUUCACUUGGAAAUGGGUUCUCACCCUGGGGCUAGAUCACAUGUACUCAUCUCCUAUUUUCCUUGGAAUGUUGGUUCUCCUGGCUGCAUCACUUAUGGCCUGCACUUACACAACACAAAUACCAAUUGUUAAAGUUGCAAAAAGAUGGAACUUUAUACAGUCAACUGAUGCCAUUCGCAAGCAGGAAUUUUCAGAUACUCUUCCUAAAGCAUCUGUUCGAGAUUUAGGCAUCCUUCUGAUGGGAGCUGGAUAUGAGGUAUUUCUGAAAGGACCAUCAUUGUAUGCUUUCAAGGGGUUGGCUGGUCGAUUUGCCCCAAUUGGAGUACAUUUAGCAAUGCUGCUGAUAAUGGCUGGUGGAACCCUCAGUGCAGCUGGCAGCUUUAGAGGGUCAGUCACAGUUCCACAGGGGCUCAAUUUUGUCACAGGAGAUGUCCUCGGCCCAUCAGGCUUCCUCUCUAUUCCAACUGAAGCUUUCAACACUGAAGUUCAUGUCAACAGAUUCUACAUGGACUACUAUGAUAGUGGAGAGGUUUCACAAUUUCAUACUGACCUAUCAUUGUUAGACCUACAAGGGAAAGAGGUAAUGAGGAAAACAAUUAGUGUAAAUGACCCCUUAAGGUAUGGUGGGAUCACCAUGUACCAGACAGAUUGGAGUUUUUCAGCACUACAGAUACUUAAGGAUGAUGAAGGACCUUUCAAUUUGGCUAUGGCUCCUCUAAAGCUCAAUGGAGACAAGAAGUUGUUUGGAACCUUUUUACCUGUUGGAGAUACCAAUUCUCCUAAUGUGAAGGGAAUAUCAAUGCUUGCUCGUGAUCUACAGUCAAUUGUCAUUUAUGAUCAAGAGGGGAAAUUUGCUGGUGUACGACGACCCAACUCUAAGCUACCUAUUGAGAUUGAUGGCACAAAAAUUGAAAUCGUUGAUGCAAUUGGCAGUACUGGUCUUGAAUUGAAGACUGAUCCAGGGGUGCCAAUUGUGUAUGCUGGGUUUGGUGCUUUAAUGCUCACAACUUGCGUCAGUUAUUUAUCUCAUGCACAGGUAUGGGCCUUGCAAAAUGGAACAGAGGUAAUUGUUGGGGGAAAGAUUAACCGGGGGAAAGAUGAUUUCUUAGAGGAAAUGAAUCAACUGCUUGAUCAAGUUCCAGAAAUAGUCGAAUCAUCUCUUUCAAGGCAACCUGAUAGUGCUAGUGGCUAGUUUUGGAGGCAUCAGUUGUGGCUGGAAGCAUUUUAUGUGGCAAAAGCUGCUACCAUUCAAAUUUCCAAUUCAAAUUGAUCUCCAGGCUUCAGCUUAACGUAUAUAAAUAAGAAACUCCACUCAGGUUGAAUCAUCCAGCUAAUUUGAGUGAUGGAUGAUGAUUGACACCUAUGGGGAAGGAGUCAUUUGUUUUCCUGAAUGUGUGGGUAUGACUGUUGUGGUUCACGGGACAAAGAUUACAAACCUUGAGCUGCAACCCCGUGCCUUCCUUUGACACCAAAUUACAUAUACUGUACAUUUCUUGUACUAACUACAGAUAUACCAAAGAUUCGUAUAUUAGUUCAUAAUACCAUUUUUUCUUAGGUUACAUUGACCAUUUUGCAUGGUUUCUUCAUAAACAUGUUGUUCGGCCAUACGUACCAUUCUAGAAUAAAAUGCGUAUAUCUGU